AUGAUGAAAGAUGUUUUAAAAGAUAAUUCUACGGUUGAUUCAGAUGGCAAUGUUAUUGAACCUGAAUUACAUUUAAUGUUUACUUUAAAACCCGGCAUGGAUGCGAGACGUUAUAAUUUUCAGAGAAUUAAUGAAGUUGCUGCAGUCGUUUUUUCAACUACGGCAGAUGGUGGAAUUCCCGAAUCAUAUGUUACUGUUCAAAAUAAAACAGAUAAGUCAUUUCAAACUUUAAGUAGUCUUGAUCCUAAUUCGGAGCCUUGGGUCUAUCCUCUUUUUUAUCCACAUGGAAAUCAAGGAUGGCACAUAUCUAUACCCUAUAGAUACAAAACCGGAAGAUGUGUGACUCGCGCGGAUUAUUAUAAGUAUCAAUUAGCGAUUCGAGACGAUUUCAAUAUCUUUCUUAUGGGCCGUCGCUUAACACAACAAUGGGUAGUCGAUGGGUAUGUUAAAGUUGAAUCAGACAGAUUAAAAUAUUUGAAAAAACAACAGCCGAAACUGCGAGCAGAGUCUUAUCAAGGUUUAAUAGAUCAUUUACGAUCGCAAAAUGCUGUUAAUAACACAAAUUCCAAUAUUGGAAAAGUUAUUAUUUUACCCUCAACUUUUCAUGGCUCACCAAGAAAUAUGAUGCAACAUUAUCAAGAUGCGAUGUCUAUUGUUCGUAAAUUUGGAAAACCUGAUUUAUUUCUUACUAUGACGUGCAAUCCAAAGUGGCGUGAAAUUUCCGAAAACUUAUUGCCAGGACAAACUGCAUCUGAUAGGCCCGAUUUAGUUGCACGUGUCUUUAAUAUUAAAAAAAAUGCUUUAAUUGAUACAAUUGUAAAAAAGCAACUUUUUGGAGAAGUUGCAGCUUACAUUUGGGUCAUAGAAUUUCAAAAACGUGGUUUACCUCAUUUACACAUGUUAAUGACAUUGAAAAGUAAUUCUAAGAUAACUAGACCUGAACAGGUUGAUAGAUUAAUCGCUGCAGAAAUUUCAGACCCUGUUAUUGAUCCAACUUUAUUUGAUAUUGUUAAAAAAAAUAUGUUACAUAGUCCGUGCGGAGAUUGGUGUUUAAUCGAUGGCAUUUGUUCGAAGAAAUAUCCCAAAUCUUUUCGAAAUGAGACUACGAUGGAUGCAGAUGGUUAUCCUUAUUAUCGCCGCCGAGACAAAGGAAUCAGGUUUACACGAAAUAGCAGUGUAUUUGAUAAUCGUCAUGUUGUACCAUACAAUCCUGAAUUAUUGAAAGCUUUCAAUCGUCAUAUUAACGUAGAAGUUGUAUGCUCAAUUACAGUAGUUAAAUAUUUAUUUAAAUAUGUUUAUAAAGGCCAUGAUAAAGCAGUAAUAAUAGUAAACGGAAGCAUACCAAAUACUACAGAAGAAGCUCAUGCGUCCCAUGAUUCUCGUGAUGACCCUGAUAAUUUCAAUACCGUUAACGAUUAUGAUGAAAUACGUAAUUUUGUUGAUGCUCGUUACGUUGGGCCUGUAGAAGCUGUUUGGAGUAUUAUAUCAAAAGAUCUUCAAGACAAAAGUCAUUCUAUAAUUCGGUUACCAGUACAUUUACCAAAUGAACAAAGUAUUACUAUUAAUGAUAAUUGUACUAAAGAAGAACUUCAAGAGGCUUUAGAGAAAAAAUCCAUGUUAAUUGAUUUUUUUAAAUUAAAUGAACGUGAUCCAAAUGCGCGCCAAUAUGUUUAUGGUGAUAUUCCAAAUCAUUAUGUUUUUAAAAAAGACGAUAAGACUAAAAUUGCAAGUUGGCAACCACGAAAAAAACAUCAUAACGUUAUUGGACGAAUGUAUUCAAUUAGUCCUGCUCAAGUUGAAUUAUUUCAUCUAAGAUUAUUAUUGGUUCACAUCAAAGGCGCAAAAAGUUUUAAAGAACUAAGAACAGUAAAUGGAACUCUUUAUGAUUCUUUUACAUCUACAUGUUUAGCAGCUGGUCUGAUAGAAGACGGUCAAGAGUGGAGAAGAACAUUAAAUGAAGCAAUAAUAUGGAUGAUGCCACGGUAA